CACUGUUUAUAUUCCAACCAUCAAAGGUUCUCCAAUUUCACAAAACCCUAACACUGCCUCACCAAUUUGCAUGCUUUGUGAAGAUGAAGGCAACAGAAGCAGAGGACAAUGCUGAUGCUGGAAAACAUGUUUCCCAUGAAUCCGAUGAUAAUAAACCAUCUGAGCAUGCAAAAGGGUUUCAUGAGACUGUUAGUGAGAGUUUUGUGAAGGAAGGUGAGAAUCUAGAUGAGAAUGUCUUAGACCUGAGGUUAGAGAAUGGAGGAAAAUUAGAUGAGGUGUCUUGUGAAUCUCUGGCCUCUGAUGUUGAAUGGGUUUUAACCCCCAAUGAGGGUGUAUCCUCAAAAGCUUCAGGAUGGCCUUCCUUCAACACCAAAUCAUCUUCUCACACUUAUUCUCUUUCAGCAGAAGAGCAAGAAAUUGUAUCAGUACUUCGUUUGCAGCACAAAGCAUUAGAAGCUUGCCAAGAGUUCUUAGUUGGCAAUGCUGGUUCCGAUUCUGACAAAGAUGGCAAUGAUGAUGAUGAUGAUGAUGAUGAUGAUGGAGAUGAAGAUGAGUUGGUAGAUUAUUAUGAUUCUGAAGAACGUGAGGAGUAUAAGUUCUUUGAAAGAGUGUUUUCAGAUGAUGUUGACUUGAGGAGAUAUUACGAAAACAAUUAUAAAGAAGGAGAAUAUUAUUGUUUAGUUUGUGGGGGUAUAGGAAAGAAGGUAUGGAAGAGGUUUAAGAAUUGUAUUGCACUACUUCAGCACUGCACUACUAUACAAAGGACAAAAAGGAAGCAAGCUCACAGGACUUAUGCACAGGUCAUCUGUAAAGUUGUUGGUUGGGACAUUGAUCAGUUGCCAGCUAUUGUGUUAAAGGAUUUUGAUUCCUCCUUGGCAGCUUCAAGGAACCUUUUGGUUGAAGACAAAAAACCUGCAGUGGAUCACAUUGAUGUUUCAAAUGAUGAACCUGAUAAUCAUACUGAUGGUCAUAUUGAUGAUUAAGAUGUUCUACUGAAAAGUAAAGGCUAAAUGAAUAGUAAUUUGUGAUAUGGUUUGUAGGUACUAGGGAGGCCCAUAUUGUUGUUCACAAUAAUGGGGAGCCUGCUGAUUAUGACUUCAUAUAAGUUUGUAUCUUUGUCUCGUGAAUUCCCCUUGCACCAGGGAUAAUUUUGUAAAUCGAUCCAUUGUAAAUUUCACGCACUCAAAAAGAUG